GCCAGAAAGAAUUUCGAGCACCAAGAAAGUACCGCAACUUGUCCGUAGCCAGUUUGGCUCAAGCCAUUGCGGCUCAAGCCAACUUUGGCUAAAGCGAUUCUGAGUUGUGGUGCCGAUUGGACGCUCCAUCCCCAGCGUUUCAGCGGCCCAGACAGAGCCAUGCCCGCCGCAAUGGGAAUCAAUGGUUUCGGACGCAUCGGCCGCCUAGUCUGCCGCGCAGGGCUCGGUAACCCACAGGUCGUGGUGAAGGCCAUUAACGAUCCUUUCAUGGACCUUGAAUACAUGGUCUACAUGCUCCAGUACGAUUCAGUUCAUAAGCGGUAUCCCGGCUCAAUAACCACUAAGAAGGUGAACGGAAAGGAGUUCUUGGUCGUGGACGGGAAGGACAUCGCGGUGUUUCACGAGAAAGAUCCCGCGUCAAUCCCUUGGGGAGCCUCGGGCGCUAAGUACAUCUGCGAGAGCACAGGUGUAUUUACGGCCAAGGAGAAAGCCGAACUGCACAUUCGUGGUGGUGCCAAGAAGGUUAUCAUUUCUGCGCCUCCGAAGGACUCCGUACCCAUCUACGUGGUCGGUGUGAACCACACUGAGUACAAGUCCUCCGACACGGUGGUGUCCAACGCGUCUUGCACGACUAAUUGCCUCGCCCCGUUGACCAAAGUGGUGCACGAGAAGUUUGGCAUUGUGGAGGGGCUCAUGACUACGGUGCACGCAAUGACCGCUACGCAGCUCACAGUGGAUGGGCCGUCUCGUGGCGGCAAGGACUGGCGCGGAGGCCGAUGCGCUUCGCAGAACAUCAUCCCGUCAUCUACUGGGGCCGCUAAGGCCGUUGGCAAGUGCCUCCCGGCGGUGAAUGGCAAGCUCACGGGCAUGGCCUUCCGUGUUCCGACGCCAGACGUGUCAGUGGUGGAUCUGACGUGCCGUUUGGAGAAGAGCGCGAAGUACGACGAUAUCGUGGCUGCUGUAAAGGAGGCGGCGGCGGGACCUAUGAAAGGCGUCCUGGAUUGGACCGAGGAAGAGGUGGUGUCUACCGACUUCGUGAGUUGCAAGGCCUCCUCAAUAUUCGAUGUCUCCGCCGGCAUUUCCCUGAGCGACCACUUCGUAAAGCUGGUGUCCUGGUACGACAACGAGUGGGGAUACUCCAACCGCCUCGUAGAUCUCUGCUGCCACAUGGCGAAGCGGGACUGCCGCAGCGGCGGAUCCAUGGGGUGCUUCCCGUGCAUGAGCUGAGCAACCUUAUCUCGCUUCUCGCGCUGCAUGUUCGGUUUUACUAGAACGGCCUCCUGCUUGGGCCGAAGCUUGGCGGAUAGGUGGAAGGGCUAAACAGUUGAUGCCUUUACACACCUGAGGGGCCACGAAAUUUGUGUUUUUGCAGCGGGCGGAGCGCAUGGUCCUCCUAUACCCUCUCCUCUUGCUCCCGGUCCUGGAAGCGGGCCUGACGCUUUCUGAUGGCGCACGUGUUCUGCAGUAUACCAGUCAGCAGCACGCUGCGGAUAUUUUCGGCGUUCUCACCGCGCCCAUGUCAUGCAGAAGGUCAGGGAAAUCGUGUGCCUAUUUCGACACUUGUGCGGGUGUUCGAAACUAUUUCUGGGAUUUGGUCCGUAAGUACGAUGAGAGCAAGAUAACCUAUGCCUAUGUUUUGCCUCGCCGCUUUCAAGCAAGCUGAGUGCUUUGAUGACCACAUCUCGGCGCGUUUGGCGCGCAAGAACACCUCUGUCUAAUUGGUCGGCACGCGCGCGGUUGGCGUGUCGGCUGAUGGCAGGCGCCCAUUUUUCGCCAUUAGGUGCACAUUGGCGGCGGCUCCAGGCUGCGCAGAACAAAA